CACAGUUUGGUUGCGCAGUAGAAAGCGGAGAGGGGGCAGACGCUCACGUCCGAGGUUACCGGGAAGGGUUAACUCUUUGUUGUGAGGCUAGUGCCGCAAACUCUCCCUUCUCCGGUUCCCUUCCUACGAGGGGGAGACGGUUCUGCCAGCUUAUGGAGAUUUUCCUGAGCCCCACUAACCCUGGCUGCUUCUUGUCCUGACACACAUCCUACGUUGGUACACCGAAAGAGUCAAAGCAGAAGUUGCUGGGAAUGGUCUAACAGGGUAAAAGGAAGGUCUGACAGUUGAAGGAGAGAACUGACUCCCAAAAGUUGUCCUCUAGCUCUUCGCCAGAUCGCCGCCAUCAUGGACACGAGUCACGUGCAGCCUAUCCAGCUGGCCAGGGUAACCGAAAUGCUGGGCAGAACCGGUUCGCAGGGACAGUGCACGCAGGUGCGUGUGGAAUUUAUGGAUGACACCAGCCGCUCUAUCAUCCGAAAUGUCAAAGGCCUGGGUCGAGAGGGUGAUGUGCUCACCCUGUUGGAGUUAGAAAGAGAGGCUCGGAGAUUGCGCUGAUCUUGCUGGGUCCUGGAUAUCCACCACUUGACUCAGGGGAUGACCUGCAACUGUUCAAUAAAGCAUGUUGUUUUAACUCUUGAAAAA